GCUCUCAGCAGAAUCCAAUGCGAAUCUUCCGCCGCUUACCCACUCACGAGGUUUCGGAACAGGAAGCAAGAAGCGCGAGACCAGCGGAAAGAAAUGCAAGACCUACCCUGACGAUCAAGACUGGCCAGCACAAGCCGCAUGGGAUCGAUUCAGCAUGCAGCUCGGCGGCGGUGGCGCGCUUAUCAAAACAGUACCGGAGGCUGCUGUUUGCUAUACGGAGAAUGGGACUGUCGUAUCAUAUUCUUCGGCUUGCCAAACGUUGACAGAUGGAUGGGGGAACUCUACGCUUCGCAAUCACAUAACAGCAUUGAAAACCCGACUUCUAUCCGCUCCAUACUCUUCCAAGGGAUGACGUGCAUGCCGCCCAGUCUUCACGGAUCAUUUUUGAACGUGUCCAAAGGUCCUUCUUGCACUGUGGGCGGAUACCCAGCCUACGUAGUCAACGUGUCCAGUGUUGCGCAGAUUCAGCGGGCUGUCAACUUUGCACGCGAAAACAACCUGCGCCUUGUUAUCAAGAAUACUGGGCACGAUUUUGGAGCGAAAUCUGUAGGGGGCGGGGCGCUCAGUAUAUGGACGCAUUACCUCAAGGACAUGAAGUUUUAUGCCAAUUACUCAACGCCGUCAUACCGGGGUCCUGCUGUCAAGCUAGGAGCGGGCGUCCAGGUCGGGGAGGCUUACCAAUUUGCAAAACAAAAUGACAUCACCUUAGUUGGGGGUGAAGGAAAGACCGUAGGACACAUUGGAGGAUAUAUACAAGGUGGGGGCCACUCACCUCUGACUUCCGUUCUCGGAAUGGGAGCAGACCAUAUUCUCUCCAUGGAGAUUGUCACCGCAGAUGGAAAAUUCAUCACCGCGGAUGCCGAAACCAACCCUGACCUCUUCUGGGCUGUUUCCGGUGGCGGAGGAUCCACCUACGGUGUUGUCACGUCCAUGGUUGUAAAGGCCUACCCUCGGAUGAGGGUGACGACCAUGCGAUACAACAUGACGACGGACGCAAACUUCACGCAUGACAAAUUCUGGGCCGCCCAGAGGGCCUAUGUGGAUGACUUCGAAAAGUAUGCGGACCUGGGAUACUACUCGUACUACCGGAUUCGCCACGUUGGAGACGAAAUCUUCCACGACGCAACGAGCUGGGUGGCGCCGAACACGAGCGAAGCCGAAUUCCGCUCGAGCGUCGAGCCCAUGUUCAAGAAGUGGGAAGAGAUUGGCGUGCCGUUCACGCCGAUUAUCAAGGAAUACGACAACUUCGCCGAUGCGUGGGCUGAAGGCUUUCCCCAGGAAGUCUGGACGGUGACAAUGCGACAGGCCAGCCGUUUCUUCCCAAGGGAGAACAUUGCGAAUCAAAAGAAACGGGCUGAAGUCAUGGACGCACUCCGUGGCGUGUUUGAUGACGGUGCCAACAUGAUCAUGUUUAACAUGAGAAAUCCGCCCGGCUCAUCCAGCAUCGACAAUGCCGUCAAUCCAGCUUGGAGGGAUGUGCUCAUGUUCGCAAUUAUGUUCGUAACUUGGAACGUCACCGACUCUCCCGAAUACGUCACGGCUAAGAGCAGGAACUUAACCUUUGAGUGGAACCCACGGUGGAAAGCUCUGACACCUGGCGGAGGGACUUACAUGAGCGAGAGCGAUUAUAUCGAGCCAAACUGGCAGCAGAGCUUCCAUGGAUCCAAGUACGAGAGACUGUACGAAAUCAAGCAAAAGUGGGACCCACUUGGGGUCUUGUACGCACAGAAUGCGGUGGGAAGUGAGGACUGGGAGAUGAGCGAGCUUUUGCUGGGUCACUUGCCUAGCCAAAAUAGCAAGCUAUGUCGAAAAUAUUGAAGGAUGCGAAAUCGGAAAUUGGCCUAUGGGAAUGAUCGCAAACAUGGUCAAUAUGCAACUUCGAUCUCCGUCGGGCCUUAGACCAGCGAACCAUGCGGCCGGUAGACCACUCAUCAAUACGUAGUAGUGAAGGACUCAUUGCCGAAUUCCAUGAUUGCUGUGCUCCGCUCCCAUGGACCACUCGUCCUCUUGUAUCGCUCCGGGA